AUGGAUAAGUUUUUGAUAGGAUAUAAGCGAAAAUCCACUAAUAAUGAAGAUUCUGAUGCUGGCACAAGUAGUGGGAAUACCAGCCACAAGGAAGAGGAAGGAAGAACUCCCAAGACAAGGAAAUACGACUUAUCCUAUUUAUCGUUCGGAUUUACUAAUAUUAUUAACGAUAAUGUGGAAAAACCAAUGUGUUUGUUGUGUUCAAAAUUUUUGGCCGCUGAUAGUAUGAGACCCGGCAAAUUGAAACGGCACCUUGAAACUAUUCAUUCUGAAUACGUUGGCAAGCCCCAAGAAUUUUUUCAAAGAAAAUUGGAAGAGCCAUUAAAAAACAAGCAAAAUUUAAAAAAAAUUGUUCAUAUUCCAUCAAAUGCAAUACUAGCAUCAUAUCUAGUGUCGUACAGAAUCGCGCAGUGUAAAAAACCCCACACAAUAGCAGAAACCUUAGUUUUGCCAGCAGCUAUUGAUAUGGUCAAAACAAUAUUUGGCCAAUCUUAUGCAAAUCAGCUGCGACAAAUACCGCUUGCUGAUAAUACAAUUGGCAGAAGAAUUGAUGAUAUAUCUGAAGAUCUUUGUGACCAAUUAGUUUCUCGAAUGCGUACUUCAAAAUUCGCCAUACAAGUAGAGGAAGCUAAUGAUGUAGCUAAAGACGCACAUUCAAUUGCAUAUGUUCGAUAUGUUGACGAUACUAAUAUAAUUGAAGAUAUCUUAUUUUGCAAACUAAUUCCUGACAGAGCCACAUCCAAUGAAAUUUUGAAAAUAAUAGAUUUUUUAAUGAGAACGCCAUUAUGUGGAAUAAUUGCAUUGGGUUCUGUACUGACACAAAACUGGUCUUCAAACACUAGUUAA